CAAAGAGUCUUCAAAAACAAGGCAACAUGUUUAAACCGAAGCGAGCAAGAAAUAUGAGGAAAAGACGACAUUCAUCUGACAGUGACGUGUCAGAUGAAGACGGAAAGGAUGUUAUAUGUAAGCUGGAGGACAUCAAGGAGUUGCAGAAGAUGAGGGGGAGGCAGAAUGGAGUCAGCGCCGCCAGCCUCGCCCUGGGCAAGAAGAUUGAGAAGACGGAGGAUGUGGAAGAUGCGGAUCCUUUCAAGAUGAAAUCUGGAGGUUUUAUUGACAUGAAAUCUAUGAAGAAAGUGCCUGUGACGGGUGAGGCUGCAGAAGCCAUUGGAACAGCGUUUGCCGCAGAAACAAACCGACGAGACGAAGACACUGAGAUGUUGAAAUACGUGGAGGACGAGCUGGCCAAGAGGAAGGGGCGUGCGGUGAAGUCCGAGUCGAGGGAGGAUAAAAACAGGGCGGAGGAUUCUCUGUACCAGCUGCCAGACCAUCUGAAGGUCAAGUCUGCAACAAAGAGAUCGGAGGAUAUGUUGUCAAAUCAGAUGCUGUCUGGCAUCCCGGAGAUAGACCUCGGCAUCGAAGCGAAGAUCCGCAACAUUGAGGCAACAGAAGAGGCGAAGGACAAGCUGAUCCGCGAGAAGAUGAAGAAGAAGGAGAAUGAGGUGUCGGCCUUCGUGCCAACAAACAUGGCUGUCAACUUUGUCCAACACAACCGAUUCAACAUUGAUGACACGGCGCCCGUGUUGAAGAAAGUAGAGCAGCCGACAAUCACACCACUCCGAGUGGGAGACGUGGACUCCCUCAACGCAACCCAUGGUCCCUCCAGCAAGUCCGGUCAGGAUGAGAAGGCCACGGACGACUUCCACUACGAGAAGUUCAAGAAGCAGAUGAGGCGAUUCUGAAGAAGUAACAGACGUAUUUCCAGACCGGAUGUCUAUAAUCUUCACAAGAAGGAACAAGGUCGUGGCUCCACUGCUGGGACCGAGCUACUCCAGAUCCAUGGAACUCCAGCCCUUGUCACAGUGGAAUAAUCAUCUCAAGAAUUCAGAAUCUAAACAAUUAUCAGUAGUAACAGUUUCAAUUUGCCUGAAGAAUGUGUAGAUUACUUCAAGCGAGUGUUGAACAUGUUUUCGAUUCUGUUUUGACAACAUUGACAAUUGUUAAGAAUUCCAGCUUUUGAAAUGCUGCAAGAAGCCGACGAGAUAGUGGUGUCAGUCAAACUCAUUCACUCCCGAAGUGUCUUCAUGUCUGGACCAGUGUUGGAUGAAGAAGGUGAUAACAUCUCUACCUCCAUAGAUGGUUGUAGGAUAAGAUGGACAUGGUGACCGUCAACUUGCUCAGCUCCUCAGACGGUUGUGUCAGGGGUUCCUUGUGGUCAGUGCAGACCUUCGCUAAUCAACACUGAAGAAGAGGGGAGAUGGGGUAGCCUAGUGGUUAAAGCGUUCAUUUGUCACCCCAAAGAUCUGAGUUCAUUUCCCCAUGUGGGUACAAUGUGUGAAGCCCAUUUCUGGUGUCCCCCCACCAUGAUAUUGCUAAAAGCGGCGUAAAACCAUACUCACUCACUCGUCUCUGAAGACCCCUCUUGGAGACACCCACAAGACGGCUGCAAUAGUGCUGUCUUCUAACCCACUGCACAUUGACUUGAGCAGGAAAUACAACUGCUGUUAUACGAGGUACUGUGCUGGUCAGACAAGGUGACCCAGUGCUUCUGUAGAGUUGUGUCCCUUGGCUGCCAGGAUCAGCUGGUUUGGACAACGCCAUGUUGGUUUCACUAAUGUGCAAAAAUUUACAACCUGCUUCAAUAUUUUCUCCUGCAUUAAACCUGCACGUCAGGAUAUAACUGUUCAAUAUUUAAGUCAAAGCACCAUUCAUUGUAGUCAGGCUGUGUUGUCCGAGGUAUGAGCAGAUUACGAUGUACAUAUCAUCUACGUAUGUGAAUGUUUAUUGUAUCGAUAUACCAUCGUGUAUAUAUCUUAUGACACAAAAAAUAAACAAACAACAAGCAUGA